AUGGACCCUCGGAAGUUGCAGAGCGCAAAGUUCACUCCAUUGAAUACUAGCAUGACUGAGGUGUUCAUGGAGAUAAGGAGGGAUCCUGCCUUCAAAUGGCCAAGCAAGUUGAAGGGUGACCCUAAGAGGUGUGAUCCUCAGAAGUACUGCGAGUACCAUCGCGAUCAUGGUCAUUUAACCGAGGAAUGCAUAACAUUGAGGCAAGAGAUUGAGAACCAUAUCAGAAAUGGAAGGUUGGUGAAAUUCCUAGCAGGUGAGAGGAAUCAACGAAGAAAUGAAGAGCCUCCGCUACUGGAAGGAGUCCGAGAAGCACCCAGAAACCGAGAGGUAAGGCCGAGAGAAGAUCGGUAUGCUGAACCGGUGCAGAAUCAGCAGGCGGAACCAAGGCGAGACAGAGAAUUCCAUCAGCCUCACCAUCAAGACGUAGUAAGGGAGAUUCACACCAUCUCGGGAGGACUGGCUGGCGGAGGAGUUUCUAGCUCAUCUAGGAAAGCUUACGCGAGGAGAACAAAAGCUAAUAACGAAGUACUGUCGGUCGGAAGACCUCUAAAAAUAGCAAGGAGAACGAGAAUGGCUAUAUCCUUUUCUGAAGAAGAUGAAAGGGGGGUAAUAUUUCCUCAUGAUGAUGCAUUAAUCGUCACGCUAAUGGUGGCCAACCAUAAAAUCCACCGAGUCUUGGUGGACAAUGGUAGUUCAGCCGACAUUUUAUACUGGCCGGUCUUCAAGCAAAUGGGUGUCGAACGGAGCAGGAUCCAACCGUUUGAUUCACCACUGGUAGGGUUUGCAGGAGAACAAGUUCAGCCAAUGGGACUCAUCUCCCUACCAGUUAUGGUAGGAACGGCCCCAAGGCAAUCCACAACUAUGGUCGAUUUCUUGGUAAUCGAUCGGCCGUCUGCAUACAACGCAAUUAUUGGUCGAUCAUCCCUUAAUAAGUUGAAGGCUGUAACUUCUACUUACCAUCUGAUGAUGAAGUUUCCUACUGAGGAGGGAGUAGGAGUGGUAAAAGGAGAUCAAGCUACGGCAAGGAAGUGUUAUAACAUUUCCACGAAGAAGUCAGAACCUUCCCCUCUGAUGGUCGGUAUGGUGGGGCAGCCGAAGUAA